AUGGAGAAACGAUGGGUUUCUUUGCUAUUUUUACUGAGUGGACUAUGCUUGGAAGAAACUAUCCAUGCCAAGCAGUGGUUUGUCUCAAGAUACGAUGGGACCUUUGAAAAUAACUGCGGGCUCAAUGCCUCAUCGCCAUGUAAAACUCUUCAGCAAGUUACUGUGCAUGCGUAUAAUGGCGAUAUAAUCAAUAUAGACGGUACAGGAACGUCACGUGACCCUUAUCCGUGCCAAAACGAGAAAGGAUUGGAUCUAGCUGGUUUAGUUCUGCGCAGCUACAAGAGUCGAGCAUUUAUUUCUUGUAGGACGAAUGGAUUUCGGUUUUUUUGCGGCAUGGCUUCUCAAGGGGUCAUUUUAGAAGAAAUCACCUUCGUUAACACUUCAAUUCAUCUCUUUGAAUGUUCUUUAAACGUGGUCGCCUGCAGCUUCAAAAACAGCUCUGUUCCUACACUCACCUUGAAAUAUUAUGAAUACUUUCUGAUGAGAAAUGUUCAACUGAAUGGAUGCACCUUUCAGAACAACAGUGCUUGUAGUGUUACAAUUUAUGGAAAUUCUUCCGUUGAUUUGAACGUUUUAAAUUCUACAUUCGUCAGCAAUAAGAUACGCAGUGAAGGAGACGCCAUACUUAACAUGUCUAUUCAAAACUUACAAGCAAAUCAGAGCAGUAUCAAAGCUAAUUUUACUGAUCUAAGAGUGUCACACAAUUACUGUUCAGGUCAAGCAUGCUUUCGAGUUUUUGCUGGCAUAAACGGAACUGACUUAGUCCUCGUUAUGGAGAGAGUACUUUUUGAAAACAAUGUGGCUGAAGUAAAUAUCUUGGACGUUCAUGGCUUUUCAAACGGUUACACUGAUUUUAAGUCGACACAAUUUCUAGAAAAUACAGGCAGAGCAGUCAAAAUCCACAAUGGCGACUCAAUUGACCUGAAAAUCGAAAGAUCGAUUUUUUGUGGGAAUGGAAUACCUGAUUCCAGAAUAAAACCUGAGUGGAACUACGAUGAAAGCAAUGGAGGAGCAGUUUUAGUCGAUGGAUUCACACAGGACGCCUUGGUUUCCCUGCACGGUUCAAAGUUCAAUUCGAACAAAGGCGGAAGUGGCGGAGCAUGCGCAUUUGUCAACAUAUUGCGGUCGCUCUUAGUGGACAUAAAGAACUGUCAGUUUGUGCGAAACGAAGGAAGGUUUUCAGGUGGAGCUGUAGCUGUGGGAAGUUUUUCCAAACUACUCGAUUAUUCUGACUCGAUAUGUAUUCAUGACUCAGACUUCAGUGGUAAUAAACUGUUGAUGGAUUCUUGUGGGGAACUUGAUUGUGGAGGUGGCGCAGUAGCUCUGUACGUGUUACACAUGGGUAACUUAUCAAUAGUCAAUGACGCUUUCACAGAUAACCGAGCGGAAGGAAAGACUAGCGGAGCCAUUCAUGCUGAAGUAGUCCGUCUGGAUUCGGACGUGGAAAUCCUGAACUGUGAAUUUCUCCGUAAUUGGGCCACGGAGUUAACCAGCACCCUUGCACUGUACUUUCCUGAUUCAUCCCAGCCACGAGUAACUUUACAAAACCUGACAUUUAUUAACAAUAGUGGUGACGUAAACAAUUCUCUCAUUACCAGUGUCACGUCUGACAUUUUGAUUAAUCCUGGCAAUGGCUACGUCGUGUUACGCUCAUCUAAAAUACAAAAAAAUUCCGGCGGUGGGUUUCAAGUGGCCUUCGCAUCCCAUGAGCGAAAUUUGGGUGGCAAUGUGAGUUUUGUUAUGGAGAACACUUUGAUAAGUGAAAAUAUCCACUUUUUAAUGUUGAUCCGCAUUGAUGGGCCAGCAUUUCAACCGGUGUACCACUUAAAAAAUGUUUCAUUUGUGAAUAAUAACUGCAAUACGGGUUAUGGAUGGAGCUGUAUUCAUUUAGCGGCCUUGAAUAGUAAUUGCUCGUUUCACUUGGAACAGAGCACAUUCCUAAACAAUCUAGGCCCUUCAGGAGUAAUACGUAUUGUUUCGUCGCCACUCGCCAUAUCCAAUACAAAAUUUCGGACGAUCAUCAACAACACUGAAUUUCGCAACAAUUCUGGAGGUGAUACAUGCAUCCUUGAACUACUCGACGUUUACGCCACUGAAAUUCAAAACUGUAAUUUUACCGAUAACUUUGGAGGCGUGGUUAGUUCGCACAUACGCAUUUUUCCAGGGAAGUUGACAUUCUGGAAUAACACCUUUUAUCAGUCGGCAGAAUCUCAAGUGCUUUAUGAUGUGGGCGGAAAGUCAAAAGAUUUAGUGGCAUUCAGUGGAUUUUUGGCAGUAACACAAUCUGAAAGCGUCGAAAUUCGUAACAGCUCCUUUAUUUUGGAUCCUUUUAGUGCAGAAGGCAAAGCUAUCGUUGUUGUUGAAGGAGCGGGAGAGGGUAUCUUGGACGACUCUGUGCAAAUUGCGUCACCAAUCAACACCAAGCUUAAUAUGCGGAGACUACAAACGUAUACUCAUCACGAAGGAGUGACCAAAGAAUUGGUUUGGAUCAGUACCGAGCGUUGUCCUGUGGGAACUUACAGUAUCCGUAGAGGCAAACAGGGUGGCUACAGUGCCAAGGAACUGGUGAAUUGUUAUCGUUGUCCAGUUGGCGGCAACUGUUCAUCUUCUCUCGCUGCUCAGCCCAACUUUUGGGGUUAUCCUGUAAAUAAGGACAGCGUUUCCUAUCAGCUUUGUCCAGAAGGUUACUGCUGUUUGCCAUCUGUUGAUAACAAAUGCUCUUAUGACAACAAUAGCUAUCUGCAUUCCGGUUGCCAAGGCAACAGGACAGGUAUUCUUUGCGGACAAUGUAAACAGAAUUUCUCUGAAGGUUUGUUUACAACAGAGUGUGUUCGAGCGAAAGACUGUACCCAUAGUUGGUAUUUGGUUGUUUUUUUGGCACUCACGUUCUUGUUUGCCUUGUAUCUCGUUGGAAAACCCCCAGUGUUUGAGUGUGUGGGAAAACAAUUAACAUGGUUAAUUCCGAGACGCGCAGAGGAAAAUGACCAAGAAAGUGUUUCUCCAAACUAUGGCUUUUUAAAAAUUAUCUUUUACUUUUAUCAAGUGGCUGGAGUUUUGACCGUGUCCUCAUAUGGGGUAGAACAUCUAUUGAGAAAUGAGAUUGUCUUGCCCGUUACUAAUCUUUUGAACCUAAAACUAUAUGCCAAUACUAACUGGAAGAUCUGUCCUUGGCCGAUUUUCACACCACUUUUAAAAACAGUGUUCCACUUGGUGACAGUGAUGACCAUUUUCUUCUGGAUUCCAGUUCUUUACCUUCUGCACAGCGGUCUAAACAAAUUAUGCAAGCGCAGGCCAACUUUUCCGCCAGCAGGUCCUUACCUUGGAGCUGUCCUGGAAAUAAUGUUGCUAAGUUACUCAGCAGUGACUGGCACAAUAGCGCGAUUACUCCACUGCGUAAGCAUUCAAGAAGUGGACCGCUGGUAUUACGAUGCCCAGUACGUUUGCUGGCACCAAUGGUGGCAGAUAGUUGCUUUUGUCGUCAUUGCCCUGUACUUGUUUCCGUUUAUGUUCACGUUGUCUAUUGGUUCGUUGCAACUCUAUCGGGCCAAGAUUUCAGAGAAGAAAUUUCUGCUGGCCAUCAUCCUACCUUUACCUUAUCUUCUCUUUGUUUUGUAUGACUGCGUUCACGACGAAGAACAUGACACAAAUUCUUCCACAAGUAUCAGAGCGUCACUUCUUGAGGUUCUAUGCGGUCCAUUUACAAAGCCACAAGACGACCAAUCAAAGGGAAAGAUCUAUUGGGAGGGCGUUCUCAUUGGUCGACGAUUCUUAAUAAUUGCGAGUGGUUGCUUGCUGUCGGAACAUGCGCUUUUGCGUUCCGUGUUUCUGACAAUCCUUUGCCUCAUUUUCUUGGUGGUUCACAUAUACUUGAAGCCCUUCGCCCAGCGUUGUGCCAACAUCACCGAAAUCGUCUCCUUGGCAACCUUGGUCGUUAUAGGAGUACUAAACGUGGGCCUUGCAUCGGCAGGAAGUGACGUCAGCGGUAUCAAUCAACGGUAUUUCUCCAUUCUUUUGAUGUCAGAGGCAGUAUUACUGGGUGUUAUACCUCUUGUUUCCGUUAUUUUCUUCAUCUCGUGCCUGGUGAUCUUCUUAUGGAAAGCUACUCGAGCAAGAUGGUUAAUUUUUAAAAGAAGGUAUGGCACACGGUUGUCCGUCCAGGGUGGAGAUGAGAGUCAGCUUCUUUCUGCGUGAUCGUUACAGAACUCUACGUAAGCUACUUUCAAAUUUUGAGUUAAAGCUAAUAAGAGUGAAAGUACUUUCAUGAGAAUGCUUGGAAAGGCUUAUCUAAAUAUAUUUCAUGAUUUUUGUUUUAGUACAGAUCACGGGGUAUCGCAAUUUGAAGAUCGUCUAACUGUACAAACUACAUUAGCCAUGUUACAUUGUGAUGUGUGUGUAUGUGGGGGUGGGGGGAGCUUUGCGUCGGUUAUGUCCAUUGUAGGCGACUACCCCGUGUUGAUAAAUGCGCAUGCUCCGUCAUUCCGCCUUUAUUUGAACUUUAAACCGUAGAGAAAAACCACGGCGUUCUGCGUGAAUCCAUCAACCUCAAAUUCUGGAUCGAUAAGUUUUAAAAAGAAGUCUUAAAAAUACUGAAAUGUCCGACGGCUCAUUGGCCUCGAACAGUAUUUUUAUCAAAGCGCGUCAAAUGCCCAAUAAGAGCGCAAACCAAAUCCACACAGUCUUAAUUUCAGCCCAUUUUUCAUCCAUCAGUGAAAUUUACUGCUCUCAGAUCUCAGCAGUCAGUUGAAUACGCGUUCUUUUUUUAUCAGCAGUCUGUUCAAGUUUUGACAGAGUCUCAACCUUCAGUUGAGCCUCACCUAGAAACUUCACAUGCAAAAUGCUUAUGCGCUGGUCAGCGCACUUACCGAAGAGAGGAGUGACGGAGUGUGUUACGGAUACUAACUGAUUUUACUGAUUAGUAAUUACCUUGAUAACGUUUUUCCUCUUAGUUACGAUCUUCGUUACAAUGUUUAUUAAUGUUUAUUAAUGUUUAUUUGCUCAUCUAUUAUUCUUGAAACCCGACGCUUUAGCGUCCUUUUUGCGUCCCACGCGCAUAUAAAAGACGACCUUGGCGUCCUUUCUUCAGUUUAUUUAGAAAUUCGAAGGAUCUUGACCUUUGCUCCCCUUGUAAUUUUGUAACCUUUGGCGCAAGGGGAACCGCUAUGUAAGUUUAUUCUUUUAUUUUACUAAGGUUUAGUUUUCUUUUAUUUUGAUUAGAUAAAGACUAUUGUACUGUGUACCUUUUUAAUUGCUUUGUGAUGAGUGGCGAAAAUCCAGCCUGGCGUUUACGACUGAAUGCCCAACUUUUAGUUUGACAACGCUUGGGCUAUUGACUGUUUGCGUAAAUCUCUUAACGUAGUUUUUUUUUACCUUUUAUAUUUUUAUCGCGAUUUUGAGUUGUAAUUAAGUUAGAUUUGUUUUACAAGCCUUUAUCUUAUAUUUCGGAAGUUUUCGCCUCGAUUGAUAGGAAUUCACCGUAUUAUUUCAGUUUACGGUCGCUUUUAGCCACUUGGUUGUUUUAGCUUGUAGUAUUCUGAUUUUCAUCGACAAUAAAACUCCGUUAAUUAACCGUCA